GGGCAUCAUUGGUAACAUCACAAAGCAAAGGUAUGUCAUGCUGACAUGCAUGGCGCUGAUCGACAGAUAUAAAGCCGACUCUGAGGUCCCUUGUCAUCGCUCGCAAAUUGCAUCUCCUAACAAAAUUAUGGCGGAAUCAAAGGCCUGGCUAGUUACUGGAUCGUCUUCGGGAUUCGGUCGCUCCAUGACCGAACUCCUGUUAAAGAACGGAAAUAGAGUGAUAGCAACUCUACGGCGCAAAGAAGCCCUGUACGAUCUUGCCGAACAGUAUCCGUCUUCUCAAUUGUUGAUCGUCCAGACGGAUGUCGUAAAGACUUCGGAGGUCGUUGCCGCAUUCGCAAAAGCCAAAGAGGUGUUCGGACGUGUCGAUGUCGUGUUCAACAACGCAGGCAUGGCUAUUCUCGGAGAGAUGGAGUCUAUGAGCGAUGAAGACGCUCGUCAAAUCUUCGAAGUGAACUUUUGGGGUGCAUCAAAUGUCACAAGGGAGGCUAUUCGGAUGUUCAGGGAAGUGAACAAACCUAUCGGAGGAAGAUUAUUGCAGGUUUCUUCUUCACUGGGCUUACGUGGAAGAGCUGCAGCAUCCUACUAUGCCGCAUCUAAACAUGCAUUGGAAGGAUUCAGUGAGAGUCUCGCACAAGAACUGGACCCAGCUUGGAAUAUACAGAUCACCAUAAUCGAACCAGGUCCAUUCCACCCAGAGCUACCUGGUUCUAAAUUCCGCCAGUUUAUGACUUCAACUGUGGCUGAUGGAGACACUGAAAAGGCGGUGGUGGUCAUUGAGAAGCUCACUCACCUAGAUGAUCCACCGCUAAGAAUUCCAUUGCACAGGCUUGCAGUCAGAGCGGGGAGAGAGAAGGCCAAGAGUCUCACUGAAACCAUAGAUAGAUACGAAUCAUGGACAGAAAACGUCUACUUCGGGUAG